AUGGCGCAUAAACGUGCAUUAGAAGCACUUAACCGAACAUUAAAAGAUUUACGCAGUGACUCGCGAUCUUUUGGAGAAGCAAUGAUUUUACUGCCUGGCGAUUUCCGCCAAAUACUGCCAGUAAUCCCAAGAUCUACAGCUACCGACGAAAUAAACGCUUGCCUCAAAUCGUCAAAUCUAUGGCGCUAUGUGAAGAAAUUGCAGCUGACAACAAACAUGAAAGUUACAUAUCUUAAUAAUACAUCUGCUGUAGAUUUUUCGGAUCAAUUGCUGACUAUCGGCAAUGGUCAAGUACCUGUCAAUGAAUCGAGCGUAUUAAUAUCAUUUCCAAACAAUUUCUGUAACUUUGUCUCAUCAAAAGUCGAACUUAUCAACAAUGUAUUUCCAGAAAUUAUUUCUAACUACAAAAAUAAUGUAUGGUUGAGUGAGCGAGCAAUUUUAGCAGCUAAGAAUAAAAAUGUAGAUAACCCCUAA